AGGGUAACUUUACCUUCCUCAUUCGCAUCCUUCAUUCUUCCUCAGAUCCACCCAUUUCCUCACCAUCGUUCCAGUGCAAAGGAUAACGAAACCAGCACGAAAAUCCCAAAUCCUACCCUAAAAAAACGAUAAUCCAACGAUGGAGCUCCAAACAGAACCGCGACGGAACGCGUGCUUGGACUCGCCCAGAAGGUCAUGUUCGCUCUUCCCUCUCUGCUCUCUCGAUUCCAUUAUAGCUUGACGAUUUUGGUUUCUCAUUUCAUUUCAUCUUGGUUGGCAAGUUGUUCGGAUUGCAAUCAUGUUAGGAACAUGCACGGCCAAGGCGUCAACCAAUUCUUUGAUUUGAAGGAUAAUUAUUUCGAGGAAGCCUUGAAGAUGAGAAAUCUCCUUGAGGAAUUCCAUCACGAUCAUGGUAUCCGCCCUCCAACAAUCCUUGGUGUCAGGAAACAUGUAUUUACUGGAAGGGUUGAUUGUCUAGGGACAUGAUGACGUGUCGAAGUUGGUUACCAGAAGCAACAACUGACUUGCAAAGGACGCUCGGAGAAUUUACUGGAUGCUACGUGGAGCUGAUUUUCGGGAAGAGAAAGAAGGCGGUUAGAGGGUGAGACACAACAAAACUUGCAGCAGGUCUUUGGAGGAACGAUAGACAAAUCAAAUCACAAACCGUCUCGGCAAAAUUUAUAUUUUCUCUUUAGAACAGUAACCAUAGCAGUAGCACCAGGGACCCUCCAACGAGGCUUCUCUGUUUGUGGUAGUCAGUAGUUGCGGAGCUCUCAAGGAAUCUCCAUAGGAGUAGAGGUAAAAGUAGACAGAUCCUUAGGUGUAUGCAUCGAACAUCCUCGUUCGAACAGUGUUUGAAGAUGUGUGAACCGAG